GGGAGGGAGGGGAGGGUGCCAUCUUGGGCGGCUGCGGCGGCCAUUGGCGGCGCUCGCGGUGGUGACGCUGCGUUGUGCGGCUCGGACAAAAUGGCGGCGCCCAGGCGGCCGCGUGGGGAGAAGGAGCAGGAUGAGGAUGAUGCUCUGUUAGAGGCUAAGCGCGUCCGCGGGCAGCGACGGCUUCUGGUGGUGCUGGAAGGGGCGAGCCUAGAGACAGUGAAGGUGGGGAAGACGUUCGAACUCCUUAAUUGCGACAAGCAUAAGGCGCUGCUGCUGCGGAGCGGCCGGGACCCCGGAGAGGUGCGGCCCGACAUCACCCACCAGAGUCUUCUCAUGCUUAUGGACAGCCCUCUGAAUCGGGCUGGUCUUCUGCAAGUUUACAUCCAUACCCAAAAGAAUGUUUUAAUUGAAGUUAAUCCUCAGACCAGGAUCCCAAGAACAUUUGAUCGAUUCUGUGGUCUUAUGGUUCAGUUGCUGCAUAAGCUUAGUGUUCGAGCAGCUGAUGGUCCUCAGAAAUUGUUGAAGGUUAUUAAAAAUCCAGUCAGUGACCAUCUACCUGUGGGCUGUAUGAAGAUAGGUACCUCUUUUGCAGUUCCAAAUGUGACAGAUCUGCGUGAACUGGUUCCUACAGCAGAGCCAGUAACUAUUGUUGUGGGAGCUUUUGCCCACGGUUCAGUCAAUGUGGACUAUACAGAAAAGAUGAUCUCUAUCAGCAACUAUCCCCUCUCUGCUGCCCUCACAUGUGCUAAAAUUACUACUGCCUUUGAGGAAGCCUGGGGAGUAGUAUGAACUUCUGUCUCUGCUGCUGUCAUGAUGGACUGCUAUACAGUGACUCCAGAUUCUGGAGAGGCUUUUUUUAGUUCUUUGUGGACCUGGUGCAGCUUUGGGCUCCUGAAAAGGAAAAGCUUCAGUUUCUUCUUUGUAGCUCCUGGAGCAAUGCAACUUUACAUGGAGGUGCCCCACCAACCCUUUUUCCUCCUAUUAAAGGUACUACUGACAUUACAGAAGUAGAAAUUUUUCCUGCUCACCGGGCCACCCAAGCAUUGGUGUUGGUGUUGA